AUGGACGUACAGUACAGUGGAUAUGCUGGAGGCAUGUUGGAGAUAACAUGUACUGUUACUGGACCAUCUCUUCCGACCUUUGAGUGGAGGAAUAAUAGCAUGAUUCUGUCCUUAUCAACAAGAGUAAAGAUUGAAAACAACGAUAAAGUUUCAAAACUUUUUGUUCGUAAAACUGCGAAACCUGACUCUGGCGAUUAUUAUUGUAUAGCCAGGUAAGCGUGUUUGAGAAUAAUAAUUUGUCCAUUAACUACGUAGAUACGUUAAUGAAAUUGCUUCAGAUUGUUUUUCUGUUACAUCCGGUGUCUCAGAAGACAGCACACUCGGUCCUACCAUCCUUGGCCCAAUAUUUCAGUACUACAUGAUUACGCAGAGUAAACCUGCAGUGUUUGAUGACGUCAAGCCAGAAGCACUCUUCGUCUCGUCGGCAGCUGAGGCAAAGUUCUAAUCGGACAACUACAUAUUGCAGAAUCCAACCCGGAUGACACAGCUGAAAGACACAUGCACCAACCAUUCUGUCACUCCAUGCUAUAGUGAUGGUCUUGAUUUAGUGUAAAGUCUUAUAUAUGGUGUUUCUUUUUAUCUUAGUAAAGGGGAAGACACAAUCAACAGUAGUGUUCCUGUUGAAGUUAAACUUAUUCCUGUUGUUGCAGUUUUCCCGUUAUCUGUUUCUGCUACUGAAGGUAAAACUGGUCUGUUUAACACUCGUUAGUUUCAUUCCAUGGUUAAUUUUUUCGAAAAUGUGACUACCAAAUUCCAUACAUUUUUUCUCAAUUUUUUUCAUUCAGGUGAUACAAUAAUGUUAACGUGUAAGGUUUCUGUUGGUGAUGAGGAAAAUAUCGAAAUUAUGUGGUACAAUUCUAAACAGUCUGGUUCUGUUGGUCAAACCAGAAAACAGGAUUUAUCCAAUAUUGAACUGUCUGAUGGUGAUCAGAGAUAUAAGGCAGACUAUUGGUGUUUCGCUAAGAACUCGGACGGUCGUGAACGAAGCCAGAACGUUACUGUGUAUAUAAUAUCUCAAGGUAAAACUGCCUUGUUAAAUGUUCAUGUUGUUUAUCUAUGUUUAUUAUGAAUUAUUGAUAUACUCACAUCUGCUGCAUGAUAGUGUGCAUGAUAGUUCUUAGUAAAACCCACCUCCUCCAUUCAUUGACUGUGCUUUUUCCUUAUUAAUGUUCUUUUUAGAUUUUAAUGAGUUUUGCUUGAAAGAUAAUGGAAGUGGGUAUACUUGGGAAAAAACACCAGUUGGCACUUCGGUGAUUAAAAAUUGUCCUGCUGGAGCAAUAGGUGCAUUUUUUUUAACUAUUUGUGUUAUGGUCUUUGGAUUUAACUAGAAUAAACGAACCACUGAUAAAUAAUUCAUUUCCAGGAACUGUGACUCGAUUUUGUAAGAGUAAUGAUGGUCGUCAGCCUGUCUGGGGUGAUGUGAGUCUCUCCAACUGUAGAAGUUCUGUUAUUAUCAACCUUGUUGAUAAGGUAAUUGUUAAACUUGUCACUAAAAUCCAUCUAACUGUUCCUUUAAUUGAACUUAUAUAACAAAUCUAUCGUGGUUUGUGUCUAUACCACAUGAAGAAGAUUGAAAACAACUUUAUCUUUUUACAGAUCUCUAGACUAGAUGAAGGGUUUGAAUCCGCGGAUAUCAGUGACAUUUUGGGCGAAACUGAAAAAAUUUCAGAAGACGGUAAACUAUAUGAAAAAGAUGUUGAAGACAUUGUGUACAUUUUGGAGAAGACAAAGGAAAAAACGAAAACACAAAAUGAUCGUCAAAAUUUUAUUCGUUUAUCAAGUAAUAUAGUGAGUCAGAAGAGAAAGAAUGUGUGGAAAAAUAUACAGGUAAGAUGACAUGCAAGUAUUUUAUUAUCCAAAAUACCACACACGAAAAGAGCAGCUUCUGAUGGUAAUUUGAAACAGCGAAACCGCUGCAGUAUAUAUGAAGAGAAAUUCAACAUGAAAGUUAACUAAUUUAUAGAAGCACGUUUGUUAUCCUGGUAUGAAGAUAAUAAUACGUAGUUGUGUUUUGCUCAUGAAAUAUAUUAUCAACUUAUUAUGGACUCAACCAUAACUGUUUUUGUUUUACAGUCCAGAAAUAAUUUAGCGAAGCAGAUCAUAAGUGGCACAGAUCUCAAUGCAAUGAACUACAUCUCACAAAGUGCGGAAACAGGAAAAAUUGUCUCAUUUAGUACACCCAACAUAGCCGUGCGUGGAAUACGUCUACCAACAGUAAAACCCACCAAUCCUGAAGAUAUCAGCUUACUGGACACCGGACGUCAGGGUGUGAUUAUCCCUGAUGUUGUGACAAAUGAAAUCGACCUAGCAAUUUUAGUGCAAUAUAACUCAAUCAAGGAUAUUUUAUCUGGAGAAGAGUUGAAGGAAACCGUGGAUAAUACCAUAGGAUCGACUGAUUCGUUGACAAUCAGAAGUACUAUUGUAUCUUUCACAAUCGAACCACAGCUUAAGAAUGAUUCAGCGUCUAAACCUUUCAAGAUUGUACUACAGAAUAACCAGGUAUGUGGUUUGCAGGCUGGGUAGAUGAGGAAGUGAAGGCUCUAGACUAACUUUGUUUAUACUGGAUAGCUCCAUCAGCUCUAAACUGUUCUCCAUGGAAGUCCAGUAAGGGCAAUGCUUUAUUGGUCCAGUGUUACUUCUGGGUGAAACUGGAGUUCCCGGAGAAAAUCUGUGGUAUCUGCUAGAGUUAAACUGCAAAUACUGGUCUUACAUGGGACUGAGAUGAAACUAUAAUCUCACAACCAGAAAUCAAACCCUUGGCAAAGGCAAAGGUAAAGAGUACAUGUGGUAACUACUGCGCCCCAACACCCCGUCAAAACAUUUUAUAACAGCAAUUACUGGAAUACACUAAUGAAUUUUUCUUAGACUGGUUAUGAAGACCCAAGACGAACGUGUGCGUUUUUUGAGCCUGACAAAAACGAUAGUAUAUGGAGCAGUAAAGGAUGUACAUUGAAUGAAGCUGAAUCGAGUGUGGAAAAUGUUACCUGUGAUUGUGAUCAUAACACUGCUUUUGCUAUCAUGAUGGAUGUUGCGGGUGUGCAGGUAAGAUGGAUCACUUCAGGCUGGCUCAGGCUAUCAUGGGGAGCAAAGCAGAAUACCAGGAGUUAGCACACUGCCACUUACCUGUGAGUUAAUCCUGCUACUGUAGGUUGAGAGUAGAGUGUUUUCUUCAACGUUUCAACACUCCAACCUAGUGUCUUCAUCAUUAUUGAUGAUUGUUCACUGCGCAAAUUUGAGUGAAUAAAAUUUAAACAUGGUGCAAUGCAUUUUAUUUGUACAACCAGAAAAUUUUGAUAUGAGUAAUCUUGUCUUAUCAAACUCAGACUAAUUCCGAACGAAAGUUUGUCCAGUGCCAUUUGUUAGACGGAAAUGCAUACCAAUUCAUCCAGUGCAUUUGAAGGAAGCAUUACCUAAUAUUUCAUAUUCGUUUUACCUUUUUCAGCUAACGGAGUCUGAACGUAAGAUAUUGGAGACGAUUUCCACCGUUGGAUGUUCAAUAUCAUUGGUCGGCAUCGUGUUGACAAUUCUCAUGCAAGUUUGUUUCUGGAAACAAGUGAAGUCGCCUCGGGCCAAAAUUUUAGUCAGUUUAUGCGUUGCUAUUGGAUUUACCGAUAUCUUUGCCAUCCUUGAGGGUGUUGCAAGAGAUAGCCCAGUAAGUUCCCUUUUCUUAAAAUGUUUAACUUUUUUACCAUGGGAUGCUGGUGUCAUGGUGGUCAGCGCAUGUAAUAUUUCACCUUUGUGACAAGGUUUCGAUUCCUGCUGUAAUGGCAGGCAAUUCAAAAAAGGCGACAACACAUAUGCCUGAUUUAUUUUCAACAGAAUUUCUGUAAAGCAGUUGCGGCUCUCCUGCAUUUCUUUGUACUGUCAGCGUUUGGAUGGAUGUUGUGUGAGGGAAUAUUACUGUACUUCUUACUCAUCAGAGUAUUUGAUGGCGUGCGUGGCAAACAUUGGAAGAUCUUUAAUUUUAUUGGCUGGGGUGAGUAGUCUUAUAGACAAGUGUUUUCGGUGUUAAAUGAAGACCAAGUAAUGAUAAAUCCUGUAUCUCUAACAGGUAUUCCUUUACUGAUUGUUGUUGUUUCGCUUGGAGCGACUCAGGGUGAAGGAUAUGGUACAGAAUCUUCAUGUUGGCUUAGUGUUGAAAAUAAAGUGAUUUGGGCGUUUGUGGGACCUGCUUUCCUCGUCAUAUUGGUAGGUGCUCUCAUCUCGAUAGUUACAACAAAUGUGAGGUGUUUCGGGACGAACAGCAUAAUUACGAACACCGCAAUUUUUGCCCGAACCAAGUGGUUCUCAAUUGACCCUUACUGUAUUUCUUCGGGCAUUAGUCUAGCUUCUAGAACUGAUAGAACUAUAAUUUAGUUUUCCUCCUGUAGUAACACUGAAUCAAUAAGGAUGACCCUUGCUCUAUCUAUUUGAAGUGAACUUUAUGUAAAACUAACGAAUAUAUACAAAGGUAUCACAAUAACAGGUGUCUAUAUUUCUUUCGUCUUCCAUACAGGCCAACACGAUCGUGUUUGUGAUGAUUCUACGUACAAUGAAGAACUUUCAUACAAUCAAGCAACAGACCAAUAUUGCUAAAGUGAAAUCUGGUGUAAAAACAGCUGUGGCAAUCUUCCCAAUCCUUGGUUUGACUUGGGUGUUUGGCUUAAUGACUUUCAACAGAGAAACAUUGGUCUUCCGUUAUCUUUUUGCCGUGUUUAAUUCAGCACAAGGAAUGCUCAUUUUCCUGUUCAAUUGUGUUCUUAAUAAACAGGUAAGGAUGUAAGAUAUCUGACGUCCAUUGUAGGUAAUAUUUUACAAUAAGCUGCUGUGGUAAAAUAACGUUUUAAGCGAGUUAGGCUUUUCGCUAGCCAGUUAAAUCACUCAAAAGUCUUGGAAAAUACUUUGUUUUAUGUUUUUCAGAUGCGAGAGGUCGUGCACGACAGCAUAACAAAGAGAAGUUCCUUUUCAAGCAGCUUUGGCACAAAACGUGUUGGCCGUUCAAAGAGUAGGGAAACAUUGGUUUCGGUUUUAACAUUUCAUGUUUUAUAUUUUUAUGUUCCAUGUCUUUAUAAGUUAAUUAGCAAUUCCAUUCUUUCCAUGGAUAUUUUUACACUCAAAAUAACCAAACGAUAUCGUUUGUUCUCUCAGAUUCCUCGAGUUUACCGAGCAAGACAGGCGAUUCAGGUCUAAACCAGAAGAUGGUUGAAAAGAAUGCGAUGCUACAGUUGGAGAAGUCGGAGAGCAGUAAAUCUGAAUGCGGUGGACACAACAACCUGAACAUUUCUGUCGCUGAGGAAGCGAAUAAUCAUGAAGGUGAUCUAUACGUUAAUAUCUCCUGCCUAGGAAUGUUGGAAACUUAUUUCCAACAGUGCAUGAUUAAUUCUUUGUGGACCUGUUUACUUGCGGUCACUUUAUUAUACCGGAUGGCUAUAUCAAUUCCAGAUUGCUGAAAGGGCCAUCCCAUGCUGCACUUUAUCUCUUCACGCGAAUAAUUUCGUAAUCGGUUUAAUCUGAAAAUGGAUUUCUAUUUGAUAAUUAACCCAUAUUUUUUCAUUACCAGAUUACCUUGUAGGUGCAUGUUUUAAAUAACUUUGUUCUGUGAUUAACACCAUAGAAUAAGUAUCCACACUUGCUUGAGUGUCCGAGUGCACAGGAAUCUGCAAUAGCUUGAAAUCGAGGCGGACAAUAUAAUCCAUUGUAAAUAUGUAGUUUUCUUUACCAGCCAACAAAUUCGAAGUGUGCCUAUUGAGAAACAAAAGAAUACGUAACGUCCACAUAAACUUUGUUCAAUAUAGAGAAUGAAGAGACACGCCACAGUUCACCGAACGCGUCCGUACGAAGUGGACAUUCACUAGGCCGAGACAACGAUGCAGUUGAGAUGGAUAGUAAGGGUUAUCACAGUGGAGAGUCAGAGAAUUCGUCUUCUGCAGACAGAACCUCAGACAAUGAAGACGCUCACUUAACUGUGUAA